CCGCCAUGGGGUGCGCGGCGCGCCCGACGGUGCGGCUGCUGCGGCUGGGCCGGGUGCCGUACGCGGAGGUGCUGGCGCUGCAGGACCGCUGGCUGCGGGAGCUGCAGGCCGGGGCCGGGGCCGGGGCCGGGGCCCAGGCGCCGGGGCCGUCGGGGGCGCUGCUGGUCGGGGAGCCGUCGGGCCCGGUGUACACGUCGGGGCUGCGCGGCGGGCUGAGCCCCGAGGAGCAGGCGCGGGUCCGCGCGCUGGGCGCCCAGGUGUGGGCGACGGGCCGCGGCGGGCUGGCCACCUUCCACGGCCCGGGCCAGCUGCUGGGCCACCCGCUGCUGCGCCUGCGCCGGCUGGGCCUCCCGCUGCGCCGCCACGUGGCCCACCUGGAGGCCUGCGCCCUCCGCCUGUGCCGCCGCCUCGGGCUCCCCGACGCCCGGACGGGGCCCCCGGAACGGCCCGGACUCUGGGUCCGGCGGAGGAAGAUCUGCGCCCUCGGAGUCCGGUGCGGAAGACACGUCACGUCUCACGGGCUGGCUCUGAACUGCUGCACGGACCUCACCUGGUUUCAGCACAUCGUGCCCUGUGGACUGGAGGGUUUUGGCGUCACCUCCCUCAGCGAAGAACUCCAGAGACACGUCACGGUGGAGGAGGUCAUGGAGCCCUUCCUGGAGGCCUUUGAAGAGACGUACAAUUGCAUUUUAACCUCCGAGGAAAACGCCGGCUGAAAGAGGCGUGCGGGACGGAUUACGAUACUGGAAAUCCGGGCAGCGUUAGAAAGCUUCCUCUCAACCCACCACGUCCAAGUUUACUGUCCAAAACUCACUUGGGUGCACUGGGAUCGUUUCUCGGGCGAUUCGGUAUCGUCCCCGGCCGCGUCUAACCAGUAUUUCCAAAAUGGGUUCACAGAUCCAGCUGCUCUCCUUGGAAAGCACGGCCCUCUUCACUCGCAUAAUUUGCCCCUCUUUUUGGCAUAACUUUGGCCAGCCCAAAACGGGUGGGAGGCUAUUACGAGGGGAAUUAAGUCUAGCACCAAGGGGAGCGGGAGGAAAAAAAAAAAGGGAAUAAAAAGAGGGGAGAAAGAAGAAAAAGAGGAGAGCACUUGAGACUGCUCAUUUUCUAAGGGCCUCUCCCAAAGGCUCAUUCAAUCGUAUUUAUUGAGCACUCUAACGUUAACUUCUCCCUCCAUCUCGUCUAUU